UAGAGCGAGAGAGAGAAAGCGAGACAGAGAUAAAUAUAGAGAGUGUGAGGAGAGAGUUUGUGAGUGCCAGCACACUCUCUGUGGCUGAGUCUUUGAGAAGGGAGACGAUGUGGGCUCAGUCACGUUGUGUCAUAUCAUAAAUGUGAAGGCAGAGGACAACUUUCUGACACUUCAGUCAUGGACUUUCACUUCAGACAGAUGGCUCAGCAAGAGUAAAACUCUGCACAUUUAUUUGAGCAGGAGGAGAUAGAGUAGUGAGUGUGAGUGUGUGGCGGAGCGAGGGGGAAAACAGCGGUUGACGGACAGUUUUGUGGAGCUGAGAGAAGGAAAACAGCGGAGCAGACAACGUCAGGGUUGACUGAGACAGUUCGGACUGGGAACCUCGGAGUGACAGGGAUAACAGGAUUGAUAGACUUCAUGGGGUCAAAGGCUUGAUGUUGAUCUGCAAGCUCCCGCUUGGUUUGACAUUUAAGGCGGAACGCCGAGUCCGCCGACCGCGCAGAUGAAUUACCUGCUACACGGUGUGAUCUCUGAGACGAGCAUGACUGAAGAGUCAUCUCUAUAAAACAUGGCUGUUACGGGUCUCAGCGAGGGGAAGCAGUUGGCUGACACACACACGCUAAACACACUGUGUCUAGAAACAGCGGUCAGGACACACAUCACGCUCUGCCCAUCUCCCGGCCUCACUUCAUCAAGAUGUUAACUUCAGAGCGACAGUGCAGCCCGGGUCCUCCAUCAUCGACAUGGUCAAUGUGACGACGUCACCCAGCAGCAAUGCCACCUCAGAGGGUCUGACUGAGGGGGGGCUGGUGGUCCUGGGCCAGAGGGAAAAUUACAACUACUUUGCCCUGGUGCUGGGUGUGCUCCUCAUCCUGAUCAUCAUCCUGGGCAACGUACUUGUGUGUCUGAGCGUGCUCACUGAGCGCUCCCUGAAGACUGCCACCAACUACUUCAUUAUCAGCCUGUCUGUGGCCGACCUACUGCUGGCUGUACUGGUGCUGCCCCUCUACGUCUACUCUGAGUUCCUGGGUGGAAUCUGGACCCUGAGCACAUACAUCUGUGAUGCUCUGAUGACCAUGGACGUCAUGCUGUGCACCGCCUCCAUCCUCAACCUGUGUGCCAUCAGUGUGGACAGGUACAUAGCGGUGGUGGUGCCCCUGAAGUACAACAGGAACCAGUUCAGCCUGCGGCAGCUGGUCCUCAUUACGGCCACCUGGGUUCUCUCCCUGGGCGUCGCCAGUCCCGUCAUCUUCGGCCUCAACCAGGUGCCGGGCCGCGACCCCACCGUGUGCAAGCUGGAGAACGACAGCUUUGUGGUAUACUCCUCCGUGUGCUCCUUCUUUGUGCCUUGCCCCGUCAUGCUCUUCCUGUACUACUGGAUGUUCCGGGGGUUGAGACGCUGGAGCUCAGGCAGGAGCCGCUCCCAGCUGACGAGGGGAGGAAAACGGAGCCUGUCCCUGCGCCUCAGCUCCGCCUUGCAGAGGGAGAACGCAGGGGACAGGGCGGGGGCCAAGGAGAAGGUGGUGUACCUCAUGCCUACAGGGCUCAGCCCGAUGUCACCGUCAGCUGUAUCGAUGGCAUCGCCCACGGCGACCCUGGGGGUGGAGGACAAGCAACAGGAUGGUGUGGGGGCGAGUGUGGCGGAGAGCGACCCCAUGACUACCCAGAUGGACAGCAUUUCGGACGCGGACCCCACGGAGAGGCCGCCUAGGCAGGGGAAGAGCCUGAAGGAGAAUGGGCUGGCCCACACUAAGGCCACCAAGAGGGGGCGCCGCAACAGCAAGAGUAGCAGAGUGAGUGGGAGGGAGCGCAAAGCCAUGAAGGUCCUUCCUAUUGUAGUUGGUAGGUGUGUUCCUAGCCUGUUGGACUCCUUUCUUUGUGGUACAUGUGACCAACGUGCUGUGCGUGUCCUGCAAAAUCAGCCCCACUCUGAUCUCCGUGGUAACGUGGCUGGGCUACGUCAACAGUGCUGUCAACCCCAUCAUCUACACAGCCUUCAACGCAGAGUUCCGAAAUGUCUUUCACAAACUUCUCUGCUGUCGAGCAUGAGACCUGAGUUCUGAGAUCUGGAACCUCUUUGACAAACUACUCAUUGAGAUAGAACAACAAUUAUCUUUAUGGUUCAACAUGAGACCUGAAUUCUAGAAUGUUGCUCUCGGCCAUGACACCUGAAUUGAAUUAUAUUUUACAAAACUCCUCGGUUGCUGGAUGUGAGAGCAACUUCCUUACCCAAAGAGGUUUUCCUGGAUUUAAGUGCUGACAGAACGUGAGGUUGUCAAAAUGGAUGAACAAUACAGGGGACAACAUGACAGGAUUCGACUGAUGCCUUAAUUGACAUAUUGUGAACUGAAAGACAGUGGCUCACUGUAUCUGAUGUUUCUACAAUGAAGUUGAUACUGUAUGACGGUUUUUCCUCCUGUAAAAUAUUGCUUGGAUACAGAAGAUGGUAAAUACUGUUAAUAUCAUAGCCCAAAAGCAUAAAAUAUGUGAACAAUGUGCACAUUUAAGAACAUGUAACUAUUUGAUAUGUGAGCUGAUUUCUCUCAGAAUUAAAUGUUUAUGUUAUGUACGGUUCUCUGUUUUGAUUUAAUAAUGUGCAGGUUUUCUGUGAAAGUUCAUGGUAUUUUCUAUAUUGUGGAUUACGGACAUUGCCUGUAGUUAAUAUCAUUAACUAGAAGAUAUUUUUACAUUUACGCCAGAAGAAGUGACAAAUGACAGACUUCAGGGCCAACAUUGUGGAUAGAAUUAUUUAAGAUGAUAUCAUUUGUAAAGUUAUACUAUGACCUAUUUUGAUCAAGUGCUAUGAAAGUGCUGUGAAUUAACUGAGGUGAAUGUGACAAAUGUAAACAACUCUCUUUGUCAUUGAUGG